AUGGCUGCAAAUCGCCAGGCACGAAUAAUAACAACGUUAAUGCUACCACAGACUGUUGGACAAAAUAUUAUGCCUCAAUAUCCAAUGUCAAUUAAUAAUCCUAAUCAGAAAAUUGUUAGCCAAAAUCCAAUAUGUAUUAAUCAAAAAUCCUGUUCAUAA